AUGGCUGACAGGAGCCUGACCGAGGGCGCCGAGCCCCUGCCGCGCCGGGAGGAGGCUCCGGAGUGGGGCUACGAGGAAGGAGUGGAGUGGGGGCUGAUUUUCCCCGAUGCUAACGGCGAGUACCAGUCGCCCAUUAACCUGAAUUCGAGAGAAGCUAAAUAUGACCCCUCGCUCCUGGAAGUGCGUUUGUCACCGAACUACGUGGUGUGUCGUGACUGCGAAGUGAUCAACGACGGGCAUUCGAUUCAGAUUGCCCUGAAGUCAAAAUCAGUGUUAAUAGGGGGGCCAUUACCUCGGGGACACGAGUUUGAACUAUACGAUGUUCGAUUUCACUGGGGGAGAGAAAACCAGCGUGGGUCUGAACACACAGUUAAUUUUAAGGCCUUUCCCAUGGAGCUUCAUCUAAUGCACUGGAACUCUACACUGUACAGCAGCAUUGAUGAGGCAGUAGGGAAGAAGCACGGCAUAGCUAUUAUUGCUUUGUUUGUGCAGAUAGGAAAAGAGCAUGUGGGCCUAAAGGCUGUAACUGAAAUUCUUCAGGAUAUCCAGUACAAGGGAAAGUCCAAAACCAUACCCUGUUUUAAUCCCAACUCUUUAUUGCCAGAUCCUCUUCUGCGUGACUACUGGGUGUAUGAGGGCUCUCUAACCAUUCCACCCUGCAGUGAAGGUGUCACCUGGAUAUUGUUUCGCUAUCCUUUGACUGUGUCCCAAGUGCAGAUAGAGGAAUUCCGAAGACUGAGGACUCAUGUUAAAGGUGCUGAACUUUUAGAGGGCUCUGAUGGAAUCCUAGGAGAUAACUUCAGACCUACUCAGCCACUUAGUGAUAGAGUCAUCAGGGCUGCAUUUCAGUAG